GUGAGGCGGCAGGAACACCCCGUACAGAGGAGAGAAACUAAACCAAACCAGCACAGUGGAACCCGGAUCGCUCUGCAAACCUGUUGUCCAUUGUCGUGUGGUGGAUAUUCCGGAAGUGGUGCUACAUUCUAAGUGAUGGACCCGGGUUUAUGGAUAUGCCUCUUCGCAUGCACAGCUUUUCUGGUUGAGCUGGCAGGAGUAACACCCAGCAAAGAAGUUAUACAAAAUGCAGCUUCUGGUGCUCAGGAGGACUUGGGAAAGUAUGAGGUGGAGGAAGCCAUGAGGACUUUUAAGAGACACCUGGCCCAAGACUGUGUUUCUGAGCGGAAGGAGCGAAUGAGAGCCAAACAAAAUCUGGAGAAGACAUUGCUAGAAGCCAACAUGUCUAGGGAGAAUCUCACCGUAGCUCACCAGGAGGUGCAAACGCUAAUAUUCAGAAUAAAGCCCAAAGAUUUCAGAGGGCUGAAUGUCACCAGUAACAUGUUAAAGGUCAACGCAUCAAGGAAGACCCAGACGCAACACGCCAUGCAUUUUCCAGCUGCACUGACGGAGAGGUUUCGGGCCUUGCCUGCAACGGAGAUGAGGCUGACGUGCAUUUACCUGAAAACCUCCUGCCUCUUUCAGGAUGAAAAGAACAGCUCGCUGCUGAAUGAUGACAUUUUGGGGGCCACCCUCGGGGGUGCCAACAUCACCAAUCUCAGCCAGCCAGUGGAGAUCCGAUUUUGGCACAGCCUCAGCCUGGCCAAUCAUUCCAGCAUGACCUGUGUCUUUUGGAUGGAAGGAAGAGCAGAGGGCAGCUUCGGAACCUGGAGCCCUGUUGGUUGUAAAACUGUCAUCCAGACGGGCAUCGUUUUGUGCCAGUGCUACCAUCUCACUUAUUUUGCCGUCUUGUUGGAAAUCUCCCCAGUCACUUUGGAUGAAGGUUUAUUGGUUCCCUUAACCUAUAUAACUUCCAUCGGCUGCACUAUGUCAGCUGCUGCCUGUCUGCUCACCACCUGCUUGUACGUUUGCUCCAGAAAAAAACAACACAACUCCACAACCAAGAUACACAUUAACCUCUUGGAGGCUCUUUUUUGCCUUAAUACGUCAUUCUUAGUCAGCAGACUGCUGGCACCUGUCACUUCUGAGUGGCCAUGCCAGGUUGCUGCACUCUUCCUCCAUUACUCGCUGCUCUGCUGCUUGACGUGGAUGGCCCUCGAAGGUUUCCAUCUCUACAUGCUUACAAUCAGAGUCUACAACCUGUACAUAAGAUGUUACCUCCUCAAACUGUGUGCUGUUGGCUGGGGGCUCCCUGGCUUAGCAGUCAUGACCAUCUUGAUGAUCAACAAAGAGGCUUACAGCAUCUACAGUGUCAAAACCAGCUCUGCUUACAGCAACAGCACCAUGUGUUGGAUCACGUCCCUCGAAGUUCAUUACUUCAACCUGAUUUACUUGAGCGGCACUGUGCUUUUCAAUAUGAGCAUCUUGACCCUUGUGGUUCAGCAGCUGAGGCGGCUCAAAGCCCACCCUCAUCAGCAGAAAGAAAAUCCCUGUAGGAAUGUGGUGGCAGUUCUUGGAUUGACGUGCCUCCUGGGUGCAACCUGGACGUUGCCGUUCGUCUCAUUUGGAGUCUUCUCCAUUCCACAGAUCUUCCUGUUCACUGUCCUCAACUCACUUCAAGGGCUCUUCAUCUGCCUCUGGUACUGUGCCUUGAGAUGCCACUCACAGGAAAGCCUCUCAGGAGGGACCUGUCAUCCAUCUUGGUGUAUUGCACAAAAGCGGCAGGACUCUAAUCUGGAGAGCAAGGUUUGAUUCCCUACUCCUCCGCUUGAAGCCAGCUGGUGACCUUGAGUCAGUCGCAGCUCUUCUAGAGCUCUCUCAGCCAUACUCACCUCACAGGGUGAUUGUUGUGGGGAUAAUAAUAACACACUUUGUAAACCACUCUGAGUGGGCAUUAAGUUGUCCUAAAGGGUGGUAUAUAAAUUGAAUGUUGUUGUUGUUGUUGCUGCUAACUCCAGAGCCAGUUUGGUGUAUUGCUUAAAAGCGGCAGGACUCUAAUCUAGAGAAUCAGAUUUGAUCCCCCACUCCUCCACUUGAAGCCAGCUGGGUGACUUUGGGUCAGUCACAGCUUCUCAGAGCUCUCUCAGCCCCACCCACCUCACAGGGUUGUUGUUGUGGGGAUAAUAAUAACACAUUUUGUAAACUGCUCUGAGUGAGUGUUAAAUUGCCUUGAAGGGCAGUAUAUAAAUCAAAUGUUGUUGUUGUUAGUAUUAUUAUUAUCUCAGUAACUGCAGCGUCAUGGGAGAUGUGCUGACCCCAGGCCAAGCAUGAAAAGGAUGAAAGAAGCAUUUGAGAUCGGACUCUUGUUCAAAGAAACCAAGCUGCUGUCGCGACUCCAAGCCACCCACAAAUGUCAGGACUGAAGGGAACACUGGCACACCCUGAUCUACACUGGAGUUUAGUGAGGUUUGUUGGCCUAACAGGAACCCUUGCUGCAGGUGGAAGAAGAGAACUGGUGUGACUCCUAAGUGGUGUGUGACCUGACCCACGCACUAAUCUGAAUCCUGCACAGUUGCCAGAGAGGGGGAUAUUUGCCAGCUGCUCUCUGUUUUAGCUGUUCUGUGUUGGACAAAGACUAUUUCCGUGAAUCUAGAAUCAAUCUGAAGAGAGACAAAGAAAGUCUACUUCAAAGCAUAUCUUACAUUACUUCCUUCAGCCAUAAUUCCAUGCAUAACGGCGCACAGGAUGACGGAAUGGGACUUCCUUAAUGCACAAACCUUGUAACAUGGUGAAAGGGAUGGAAAAUUCACCAGUGCUUGAGAAUCUCAGAGCCAA